AUGUCGUCAUGUUGGGUGGUUGUUUGUGAGUGUGAGAAGGGCGAGACUGUGGUUGAGGGGUUGAGUGGGGAGGAGGAUGAGGAGGAGGAGGAGGAGGCGAUGGGUUGCGGUGGUGGUGGCGGUGGUGGUGGUGAGGUUGAGGGGGAUGGAAGGCGAGUAUUGAGGCACGAUGUGGGUGAUGUGAUUGGUAGUGGUGGGUGCGGAGUUAGCGGUGCCUCGUGUGAGGGCAAAUGGGCGGAGUGGCGACACAUGCGUGGUUGGAUGGUUGGGUGGGUGAUGAUGCGUGAGGAGGCGAAGGAGUUCGUGGACUACACGCUGUCCACACUGAAACCACGUGAGGUGGCAGUGUUGAAACCUUAUCCGAAGGCGGCGUUGCCGGCGUGCUUGAAUCGGUUGCGUGUGAUGAAUUUCAACAAGACGGAUGUGAACACGUCGCUGGUGUUGAUGAGUCCGUUGCAGGGCACUCCUUCGAAUGACCUUCGAUACGAAGUGAUGAAUGAGUUAUUGGAGUCGUGUCUGCAAGAAUCUGCCUACGCGUACCUACGGACGAGGGAGACACUGGGAUACGCAGUUGGCCUCUACAGUUGGUCAUUGCCCAGCACCACAGGUCAAUGCGGUCUGUCUGUGGGUGUGAGCAGUCAGGCGAACAAGUUUGACAGCAAUUUGGUGGCGGGACGUAUGUAUGCCUUUUGGUACCGAAUUGUGCCUUACAUCGUGCUUCACCUCAACGAGGAGGCCUUUCAAACGUCGGUGGAGGCACUGAUAGCUUCGAACCUUCUGGAAGACGCGACAAUGGACGUGGAAAUCAGUAGAAACCUGAAAGAAGUCUUCUCGGAUCGUCCCAUGUUUGACCGUCGUCAGAGAGCGGUGGAAAUUCUGCGGCAAUUAAAGUUGAGUGAUUUGCAGAAGUUCUACAGGGAGACAUACUACAACUUUGAGAAGCAGCCAACUCUGAUGAUCCAGGUGGAUUCUCUGGUCGACGCAGAGUUGAUGGACGCCUCACUGCGGGGCGAUGGCUUGAAUUGUCUGAAGACUUUUAAUUGGCCACUCUGUGUAAUUCCGAUGAGUCGUGGACAGGCAGAGGCGGAGCGGAGCGCUGCCCUUGCCGUGGACAUACACGAGGCGGUGCUCGCCUGUGCCUCCGGCCUUGUCACAGAUGCAGCAAAAGUGGAUUCCACCGCUAAUCGUUUCACUGAGAAGGAGAAGUCAAGGCUUGUUCUUCCACGAGUAGUAGAAAUAUCGAAAGUUCGCGAAUUCAAACACAAAGGUUUCCUGAAUUUGCGAACGUCAGGAUUUGACGUUGGUUUUGGAAGCGGGGGAAGUGUGUGGUAUCUGGGACGUAGUUUAAUCAAUACAGAAGCAUCGAAGGCCGUCGUCUGGUCUUCUGCAUGGUAUAUUGAACUGCCAAAUGGUCUACGGGCUAUGCUGGUAUCAAGUCUGAAGCCUGAAGAAUCGGCGGUAUCUGAGGCAAACCCUAUUAAUCCUUUCUCGGAGGAGUCCACUCAGGAGGGUUCCUUCGUUCGAUCUGAGGGAAAGCAUAUGAAAGGCUUGCGAAAGUCCGCUGCAGCUCUCUGCAUUAAUGUCGGAUAUUUUACUGAUCCCGUGGAGGUUCAGGGACUGGCUCAUCUUUUGGAACACGUGGUCCUUCGAGGUAGCGAGAAGUAUCCCACUGAAAAUGAGUAUGACGACUUCGUCGAGUAUUAUGGCGGGAAUUCUGACGCAUGCACUGACGGGGAUUAUACAUUAUUCUUUUUUGACAUUAGUCGCCCUUUUUUUAAAGAGGCGCUUGACAGACUUGCUAACGCCUUCAUUGCGCCUUUACUUACACCGGAUUAUAUAAAUGCAGAGUUUGAAAAUGUGCAUCAUGAAUAUUGUGUGUCUAGAUCAAAAGACUCGCUGCGUUUGGGUCAACUUAUGGCAUCGUUAGCCAACGAAGACUCGCCUUAUCGCCGUUUCGGUUUUGGCAAUCGAAUUUCUUUAAAACAUAAGCCUAUGGAAGCAGGCACUGAUGUCUGCGCAUUACUUCGAGAUUUCUACCUUACUUACUACAAUGCCUCUCUCAUGACAUUGGCCGUUGAAUCAGAAGACACUUUGGACCAUCUUCAAGCGAUGGUCACCGAAUGUUUCGGUGCAAUUCCUAACCGAAAUCUUGCGACGGAUUUCCAUGCUGGCUGUGCGGUUAGCGACAGCACUCAUCACAAUCAAAUGACUAGUCUCUUUGGCAUCACCAUCGACCUGUCUGAACUCGGUCGUACGGCUCCCUGUACGGUGGCUGAUUACGUGUUCGCGUACUUGUGCAUGCUGCGCAGUGCUGCGGAGUUCAGUCUCGCCCAUCCCACGGCCACCACGACACCCUGCGGUGAUCGCACAUUCGCCUCCCUUGUGCCCGAGUUCAAGAAGCUCUGGGAGUUGAAUUUCCGCUUCCAGGAGCCUCUGGAGCCCUCUAUUAACGUACAAAUGAUCGCCACGGCCAUGCGAACGUUUCCACCCGAUGAGGUUUUUGUUGCUGAGUCAUUGAUUCUAGAACCCGAUUUGAAGGCCUACGUAGAAGUGGUGAACUACCUCACCCCCGACAAAGCGAUCAUAGCUGCCUUUCUGCCAGAAUUCAACGUCUAUUCCAUCACGGACCCGAAGGAAGGCGUCUUCCUCAAAGAACCCUGGUUCAACAUUCACUACGCCAUCGAUGAGGUGUCCGAUGAUCAGAUACAGCGCUGGCAAAACCCAACCCCACUUCCCGAUUUUCAUCUCCCUGAGGAGAAUCGGUUCAUUGCCACGAACUUUGAGUUACUGCCAAAGGAGGAGGACAAUGAUGUUCCGGUAAACAUAAGCUUGGGAAAAAUGCAAGCCUUUGGGGAGUUGUGGCAUCAACAAAGGACAAAAUUCAAUAGUCCAACAGCUCGAGUGACAGUGCGCAUCUACUCAGACGUUCCACAACAGGCGAGAGAUACGGCGAUAUUGCGACUGUGGUCGUGUGCGCUGAACCAGCGUUUGCAGACGUUGCUGUACAAUGCAAGCGAGGCGGGUUACUUGUACUCAGUGUCGACUUUGGAUCGUGGGUUGGAGAUUGCAGUUGCUGGUUUCAAUGAGAAGUUGUUGCUUGUCUACCAGAAGAUAAUCGACCUCUUGCUCCAGCCUCUGGUGGGUGAGGAGGAGAAGCACCUUUUCAGUGACCGCAAUUUCGCUGUCUACAAGGUUCGCCUGCGACAUUCGACUUGCGAUCGGAUGCUUGAUCCUUGCAACCUCAGCACGCACCUGAAGAAUUACUUUCAGAUUCCCGGCAUCCAUCUUUUGGAAGACUGCAUGAAGGCUCUUGAGGGUCUCACUUCGGAAGAUAUCCAAGCCUUUGUCCCAUCCUUUUUGUCCCGUGUCUAUGUCAAGGCAUUCGUCUAUGGAAAUAUCUCAGCCACGGAGGCGAAGGAGUUUAUGGAUUUCACGAUGGCUACACUCAACCCAGAUGUAGUCAUUGAUUUGAAGCCCUACUUGAAGGCUGCUCUGCCACCGUGUUUGAAUCGGCUGCGUGUGAUGAAUUUCAACAAGACGGAUGUUAACACCUCUUUGCUGCUGAUUCAUCCCCUACAGGGCACCCCUUCCAACGACCUUCGGUACGAAGUGAUGAACGAGGUACUCAGACACUGUCUGCAUGAUUCGGCCAUCGCGUACCUACGUAACAUGGAGAAGCUGGGCUCCUCAUUGGGUCUCUACAGUUGGUCAUUGACAGGCACCACAGGACAGUGCGGCCUCUCUCUCCACGUGAACAGUCAGGCGAAUAGGUUUGAUUGUAAUUUGGUGGCAGGUCGCAUGUAUGCCUUCUGGUACCGCGUUAUGCCAUACAUAAUCUUUCAUCUCAACGAGGAGGCCUUCCAUUCGUCGGUGGCCGAGCUGAUAGCUGUGAACAUGCUGGAGGACAAAACGAUGGACAUGGAAUGCAGUAGGAACUUUAAAGAAGUCUUUGCGACUCGUCCGAUUUUUGACCGUCGUCAGAGAACGGUGGAUAUUCUUCAGCAAUUGAAGAUGAGCGAUGUGCAGAAGUUCUACAGUGAGACCUACUGUGACUUGGAGAAGCAACCAACUCUUAUGAUCCAGGUGGACUCUCUCAGCGAUGUGGUAUCAUCGGGUGUCUUUUCAAAGGCCGGGAGCGCUAAACUACUGACCACCUUUGACUGGCCACUUUGCAUAGUUCCGAUGGGUGUUGAUCAGGCUGAUGCGGAGAGACACGCGGCUCUCGCGGUAGAUGUGCGCGAGGCAGUGCGUAUUUGUGCACCUGGACUUGUCACUGAGGAGGCUCAGAGCGAACCCAACGCCGAUUUCAGCGUCGAGGAGGAAAGGGCGGAGGUGGCUCUUCCGCGCUUUGUGGAAAUACUGGAGGUGCGCUACUUCAAGUACAAUGUUCUCUUCCCGUAG